AUGGAGAUAUACAUGCGUUAUAUCCCAUAUCAGGUCGAUAAAUGGGAGGUAAUUACUGCCCUUGCGAACAUUCUACAUAACAAUCCGUUCGAGCAACCUCGACCUGAUCGAAAGCUGAAUUUUACUGUUCAUCUUUUUUGCCACGACGGCGGAGCCGUUGGCAUCCAUAAUGGGACUGGGAUCUUGAGACUGCCUUUCAGGAAGAUAGGUGAACGGUUCUUGAAGCAUGUAAAACAAUAUCCGGUCAAGAUUCAUGGAAAGAAGAUCACAUUUGGGGACAAACACAGCACCCCGACAGAUCAGGAGACUGCAAUGCUGCAGAAAGCUCCAUGGGUUGAUCCAGAAAAAGAGAAAGAUCGAGAGUGGAGAGUGUUCGAGCUGGAGCAGGGUCCUGGCUUAAGAGUAGUCACCCUGCAAUUUGGUGUGCUCUUCCAGAAUCCAAAAGCUCGCCCAGGUGAAAGCAGAGCGUAUUCCAUUGAAUGGGAGAAGGAGUAUGCUUCUAAAGGUCAAGCUUGGCUAAAAUUUGAAUAUGAUCACAAGCUACUCAAAAUUGAGGUUGGUGACCGUCUCUCGGAAAAUUUUGGUUCAAAUAUUGUCCUUUACUUUGCGUCCAUCUCAAAAAUUGCGGUGGGGUAUGAAUAUGGGAAUGCUUUCAUCAUCUUUGACACAUACACCCCCCCGUUUUUUGAGGAAGCGGAUUUUUAUCGCACUACAAGUGGGAACGAACGUGACGACAAAAACAAUCUGCGCUUCAAGCGCCGAAUUGGAAGCGUCGAGCGUCAUGAAACGCAUGCUCGAGUGGCUCCCUUUGCUCAUACCCUCCGACUACUAUUGCCUAGUAACAACCAAAGCGAUGGUUCCGAUGUCAUUUCGAAAUUCCGCGAUUUGUGUAAGAUUGCACAAAUGGAGACGACUAUUCGACUAGCCAAAGUUGAAGCUGCGGGUUGGAAGUUCUUUUCAGUUGACAGACUUCGUGAAUGGGAUGCAUAUACUGCCAAAUGCGAUUGGCCUGUGGCAUUCCAGCUGGAGAGCCUACUACAUAAUGGAUUUCUACACACUAAGGAAAUAAUGGCAAUGGCGCCUCGCCUUGAGACACUGUGCAAGGAACAUGGCUCGGAUUAUGUGGGGGAGCUUUUACGCAGAUAUCCCCAGUCUCUGAGUGACCCAAACCGUCCUACCAAUGACACCCCCAUCCAAUGCUUGGAGCGUGCACUGGGCGAGUUCACCCGCUUCAAAGAAAAAAUACAUUCUUCUGGGAUUUUUUCAUGUUAUCGUGUCAUCGUUACGCCAACUCGUAUGAUCCUCGAAGGGCCAUAUGCAAGUGACUCCAAUCGAAUAGUUCGACAAUAUGCCGGCUAUGAAGACCAUUUUCUUCGCGUCGCCUUUUCUGACGAGAACCGUUUGCAACUUCGAUGGGAUCGUAAAUUCGAUGGGCGGUCCUUCCUCGAGGAGCGGAUUGGUGGAAUACUGAAAGGAUUCAAACUUGCGGGCCGGCGGUUUGAAUUUUUGGCUUACUCAAAUUCCUCGCUACGUGAACAUUCGGUAUGGUUCGUGAAUCCAUUCCGACACCAUGAUCCAAGUGUAGGUGAGGUUACCAGCCAGAAGAUUCGUGAUUCCAUUGGGGAUUUCAAAGUACCAGAAGAUACACCAAUAAAUCCUGAAAAACCACCAUUACUUUGGUGCCCAUCAAAAUGGGCAGCUCGAUUAGCUCAAGCCUUCACAGCUACUGAGAGUAGUGUAAAGAUUCAUAAAUGGGAAUGGGAAGUUGUUGCAGAUAUGGGACGAGAACCAUAUCUUUUCACGGAUGGAGUUGGGACCAUUUCUGAGAGCUUGGCAGAUGAAAUCUGGGCAGUGUUGUGUAAUGCUCGCUUGAAUCGAGGUGAACAUGCGGUCAAACCAUCUGCAUAUCAAAUCCGGUUCUUGGGAUUCAAAGGAAUCGUCGUCGUUGACAAGGAGCUCGACAAAAUCCCCGGAGGUAUCCGCAUGCGUCUGAGACCCUCCAUGCGUAAAUUCGAAAACAGCAAUGCAGAAGAGGCGGAUAUCGAGAUUGCAUUGGCAUUCGAAACCCCCAUGGCUGCAUACUUCAACAAGGCUCUAGUUAUGAUUCUCGAGGACCGCGGAGUCCCUCGCGAAACCUUCAUCCGCCUUCUUCGUGCUGCCGUCGCUGAUGCCCAACUUGUUGAUAAUUCGCUUUCCGAUUGCCACAAAUUUGUUGCUUCUCAUUCCUUCGGUAGAGCAUACUACCUACCAUGGAUCUUGGAGCAGCUUGCUGAGCGUGGAGCAGAAAUUGUCCAAUCGGGCUCAGGGUUAUCUAAAAAGAUUAACAUUGAUAGCAAAUUCCUGAAGGGACUCCGGAACAUUGCUCGAAUGCAGGCCUUGAAAGAAAUCAAGCACGAUGCUCGUAUACUCAUUCCUGACAGUUAUCUUCUUGUUGGUGUAGCUGAUGAAGGGCCUGCCUACGUAGCUGAUCCAUCGAAGCCCGAAUUUACGGACGAAUCAACGUAUUGCUUGGGUGAAAAUCACAUCUAUGCAUGUAUUCAGCGCCCCGAAGACGAGAAGCCUACCUGGAUAUCUGGUCCUUGCUUAAUAUGGAGGAGCCCACUCGUUCAUUUAGGAGAUGCUCAACGUGUCGAUGCUGUCGGGGAGCCUCCUGCUGAUAAACGAAAUCUUUUCGGUCACUUGAAAAACGUUGUGGUCAUGCCGAGUAAACGAUCGCUGGCGUCGUGUCUGGGUGGGGGUGAUCUGGAUGGUGACACAUUCACAGUGUCUACUUGCACCAGCAUUCUCCCCACGAUAGCUGCAGCUGCGGCUUCCUAUCCCCCCGGAACUGAUCUCAAUUUGGAAAGGAACAGUACAGUUGAGGACAUCCAUGAUUUUAUCAUAGAGUAUUUCAAUUCCGACGUCCUGGGUAUUUUGUCGGAUCGCCUCCUGGUUAUUGCUGGUGAGUCUUUUAGUAAAGGCUUCUUCGACCCAGACUGUGUAAAGCUUGCAACACUAUGCUCCCAAGCCGUUGAUUACCCUAAAAAAGGCGUCCGUGUGGAUAUCAGUGGCAACAAAUUACCUCGUUCACUCAUCCGGGCCAAACCUGACUGGCACGCAGCUGAAGUGAUAGACCCCAGGAAAUCUGACUACUACGAAUCUACCAGAGCUCUGGGGUAUAUGUAUCGUGAAAUCAAACCAGAGGAUAUCACUCUGCCAGCAGACUUGUCGAACUCAAAAAAACCACCAGAGUUCCGAACAGAGGCGAUCACCCAACUUUUGCAAGACAGUGUUUUGCAAUAUCUUCCUUUUUUUGAUGAAGAUCGCAAGGAGAAUGACAUUGAUCUUCUUUUCAGAAACUAUAUUGACAACCUACGCUACAUAUCUGCAAUACACACGCUGUCUGAUGAUGCAUCCGUGCGUUUGACAGAGCAAGAGAUAGUGCUCGGAGUCAUCCUGGCAAAUUGUUCUGAAAAGCGAUGGAGGCGUGAACGGAUGUAUCGUAUGCGGACACACACUUCUAGUUUGGUCAAACAAACCAAGUUGGGAUUCCAGCCUUCGAAUCGCCAAGGUGAUAUUAUCGAGGACAAGGAUGGUCUUCUUUAUGUGCUGGAAAAGGCGUGGUGUGCUUGGAUUAGUCAACAAGAUAAUGUCUUUGGGGUGAACAGCUUCAGACUGAUAGCUCUUGGAAGCGUCCUUGAUUGCUUGGAGAAGUUGAAAUCACUGUAA